UCUAACACAAUUCUUUAUCCACAAACCUUGAUUACCUCAAAUACCAAAAGUUCCAAGAAAUGACAUCUGUAGGACAAGAUUGUCUUAAAGUUCUAAGAGAAACUUUUAAGUUUCAAGAUUACAAAUCAGGUUUACAAGCUCAAGCUAUCAAAAAGAUUGCUGGAGGUGAAAAAGAUGUAUUUGUGUGCUUUCCUACUGGAUCAGGAAAAUCAUUGUGCUAUCAAUUGCCAGCAGUUCUAAAUAAAAAAGUUAAUCUUGUGUUUUCACCCCUUCUUGCUCUCAUAAACGAUCAACUGAGAUCUUUAGAAGAGUUUGGUAUAGAUGCAAAAACAUUAAAUUCCCAAGUAGCUCCGCGUGCAAGAGAUAUUAUACUAAAUGAUCUAAAAUGUAAAAAUCCAAAAAUAAAACUUCUUUAUGUUACACCUGAACUGGCAAGUACAUCUAAUUUUUAUGAGAUUUUGUGUUCACUGAGGAGAAGAAAUAAAUUAGGUUUUUUUGCAGUAGAUGAAGCCCACUGUGUUUCACAAUGGGGUCAUGAUUUUCGACCAAGUUAUUUAAAAUUAGGUAGAUUAAGGCGAGAUUUUCCAGAAUCACAAUGGAUUGCAUUGACAGCUACAGCAACAAAGAAAGUAAAGGAAGAUAUUAUAAAAUCUUUGUGUCUUGUACCUCCUGUUGCUAUUUUCCGCACAAAUAGUUUCAGAUCAAAUUUAUUCUAUGAUGUCAGGUUUAAAGAUUUCUUAGAUAACCCUAUUGAUGACUUGUAUAACUUUCUUGAAGGCUGUCUUAAAUUGAAAGAUAAUAUUCCAUUAAAGGAAAGAGGUUGUGGAAUUAUUUACUGUCGCACUAGAGAAGAAUGCCACAAUAUUGCUGAGAAAAUUACUAAAAAAGGUCUUUUGGCUAAAGCUUAUCAUUCUGCAUUAACAAAAGAUAAAAAAUUAGAGGUUCAAAAUCAGUGGAUGGAUGGCUUUGUACCAAUCAUCUGUGCAACAAUUAGUUUUGGAAUGGGUGUUGAUAAACAAAGUGUCAGGUGCGUGGUUCAUUGGAAUAUUCCCCAAACUUUAGAAGGAUAUUACCAAGAAAGUGGGCGUGCUGGCAGAGAUAAAAAGCAAUCAUUUUGUAGGAUAUAUUUUGACAAACAAGAUAGAGACCAAAUUGCUUAUCUUAUUUCUAAAGAAGUUGAAAGGAAGGAAGAAAAGGGAAUCAAAAGUGAAAAUGAAAUGUUAAAUUUCGAAACAAUGGUAAACUAUGUUCAAAGCAUAAGUUGUAGACAUGAAUACAUUGCAAAAUAUUUUGGUGAUGAUAUACCACAGUGCAACCGAAGUUGUGAUGUUUGUAAAAAUUCUGAAAAAGCCACUGCCCAAUUAAAUGCAUUCAAGGAUUCCAUUAAUUUCACUUCAACAACAAUUAGCCUGAAAAGUUCUAAUAAAACUAACAAUUUAUACGGAGGUGGAAAAAAUGGAAUUGAUACUAAAUAUGAUGAUGGAGAAAUUACUUCAGAUGGUGAAGACACUUCUAAAGAUUCUGAUUUAAGUUCUUUAAUUAAAAAAGAGUUUGAAAAAAGAAAAACAUACAAAACUUCUGAUACUGAUGAGAGACCGUCCAUAAAUACAAAGCUAAUUGAACCUUACAAUAAGAAAAUACCCAAAUUAUCUAUAAGUGUUAGAGAACAUUGCUUAAAGCUUAUAACAAGUGCAUUGCGCUCAAACAUUAGUGUUGACAGUUCAUCUCAUGAAGUUCUAGAGUUAUCUUCCAAGGUUGAGUUUGAUAUUUUUAAAAAGUCAAAUAUAAACACAGUUUAUAAGACAAAUUGCUUCCAAAUGGUUCAAGAGGUUAAUGCAUUUUCAAAACUUGGCAAAGUUUAUUCUUAUAGUGAAAAGAAAGAAGAACAAGAAAAGGAAAAACACCCAUUUUUUAUAAAAGCAUCUGACAUUUCAAAAGAGAAAGAAAAGCCAGAAAAAACAAUCCAAUCUUUUUUCAUCAAAGCAUCUGAUUUGGAAAAAGAGAAUAAGAAAAUCAACAAUACAAAUUUUGAAGAAAAUGAGGAACUGAAAAGCAAUAAUAGGUUAUAUAAUGGUGAACGAAAGCGUAAAUAUGAUCACAACUCCUCAUGUCAAAAUAAUACUUCACCAAAACAACAUACUUGUUCAAAGUCUACAAAGUUAGAAUUACUUGAUGACAACAUUUCACAAGAUGUAAAAUAUAAUAAAAUAAUGCAAAUAACUCAUCAGGAUUCCUCUAAUACUCAGUUACAUUCAACAAAGCGAAAAAAAGAUUUUAGUAAAAAUACUAAAACUAAUGAUCAUGUGACAAAUGUAAAAAAUUCUGUAAAUCAAACAAUUCUCACUGAAAUGAUUCCAGAUGCUGAAGAAGAUUAUUUAGAUGUCAAAGAUAAAAGUUUUGAACAAAUAAAAUCUAGAACUGUUAGUGAAAGUGAUGUUGAUGUUAUCACUUCUACUUACGAUAUAAAUGAAAAUCUUCAAAGCGAGUCUAAAACAAGAACAAGUAGUGAAAGUGACAUUGAUAUAAUUAAUGAAACUUCUAGUUGUGACAUUAAAGAACAACUUCGACAAGAUUUGAAAUUUAAAUCAAAUGAAUUAAUAGAACAUAAUACAAACCAGGUUCAAAAAAAAACUUUGUUACAAUCAAAAGAAGCUUCUAAAAUGUUCUCAUACUUAGACAAAGCUACUGGUUUAUCAAAAGUGCUUGGUCCAAAUGAGGGAAAAGAUCACCAAAUCAUUCAUAAACCAGAUGAAAAGAUCGUUGCUCACUAUGUGGUAAAAUACUUAUCCAAAUAUAAUGAAAUGAAGCGAAUUAAAACAAAGGAUUUGUUCAAAGCAUUAGCUAAGUCAAUUACCUAUAAAGUAAUGAAAGAAAAAGAUCCAAAAGUAAAAUACCGAACACAUGAGCUUGUCAACAAAUAUUUUGCUGAAGGCACCAAUUGCGAUUCUCCCAUCGAUCUGGAACGAGUCAAGUUUAUUUAAAUAAAUAUAAUAAUGCAAUA